UUGGUAAUGAUGCUGCUCUGUACAGGGCCGUCGUCACAUCUCUGAGGUGAAGAGGACCAACAUUGCACGCAGUCAGUCCAAAGCCAAGAACAAGCUAUUGAAGAGAAGAAAAAGUCGUCUGCUGAAACGUUAUGGCAAAGAGAAGGCAGACAAUGAAGACCGGCCACCCAUCACGUACUACGACCACAAGCGACUCAAGGAAAAGAAGAAACUUGAGGGCAUCCAAGCGGCCAUGGCCAGGAAGGAAGACCUAAAGAAGAAAGAGGAAGAAAAAAUUGCCAAACGCAAUAAGAGAUUUGACCAAUUCUAUCAAAGGCAAGACACGGGAGCUGAGAUCCUAGACUCGGCCGCUCUGGCCAGCAUGAUUGACCAGGAGGACUAUGAGUGUAUGCAGAACCAAGGCAUGGACGGAACUGCGGACAUAGAGCAGAUGCGCAGCGACCUGGUGGAGAAGGCACAGAAGCUGCUGGGCUGCACCGCCACCACUGAAGGCGGUGAUGAGGAGGAGGAAGAACCUGAUCAGGACAAGUCCGACGAGGAUGAGGAACUUCAGGAGGUUUUCGCAGCUCCCAAGCCUUCAAUGCUGCCCAUCAAGAUAGGCGAUCAGGUCAUCAUGCCCAAGCCCGAGGGUCAAGAAGCAGAAGAUGGAGGAGACAGCGGCAUAGAGCAAGACUCCCAGCAGGAGGAGCCCUUAAAGCCCAUCUCUGUUGUGGACAUCCUGGCGCAGAGACGAGCUAAGAUCCAUGAGAAGAAGAUCUUCAUAGCCUGCGCCUCCACCAAGAUCAUCUCCAACCCAUACAAAUAUAUGUCGUCACUAACAAGCUUGGUGGCCCUGCUGUAUGAGAAGGACCCCGACACAGCGCUGACGGUGCGCAAGAUGGCGGCGCUAUCGCUGGUGGUCAUAUUCCAUUCCAUCAUCCCCAACUACAAGCUCAACACCAUGGAGCGUCCUGGCGUCAAGUUGAAGAGAGAAACGCGCGCCCUCUCUGUUCAGGAGAACUUGCUGCUGGUACGUUAUAAGUAUUUCCUGCGUGGCCUGGAGGCCAUGGUGCGCAACGCCAAGUACCACAAAUACGCACCAGCGCACCUCAAGCUGGCCCGCACUAGCCUUGAAUGUUUCUGCGAGCUGCUGGUCAAACAUCCAACAUUCAACUUUUCUGAGAACAUCAUCAUCCUUUUGGUGCCAUACCUCGCCCACCUCAAGGACGAGCUCAGAUUGGUCGUGAAGAAGGCGUUCGAAACCAUGUUUUAUGAAGACCAAACCGGCCAACUGUCCCUCAGGCUGAUAAAGCACAUCGCACAGUACGUGCGCAAGGAGGAGUUCAAGGUGCACAGCGACAUGCUGCGCGUGCUGCUGCAGUUGCGUGUCACGCAGGCGACGCCGCUAGAUGUGCUGCUGGAGAAGCGGGUCGACACGGCCAGACAGUCCGAGAUAAUAAAGCAGAACUUGAAAAAAGUCGCGUCUAGACACGUGGUCAAACUCACCAUACCAGAGAAGAAGCGUCAAAAGAAAAUUGCGAAGCUGGAGCACAAGCUGAAAGCGACAAAGCUGGAGCAGAACAAAGCGAAACACGAGACGCUGCAGACGGAGAUCCUGCACAUCCUCUUCGGGCUUCUGGUGCACGUCAUCAAGAACGACCGCGUCAACAGACAGCUCCUCGGCGUCACGCUCGAGGCCUUCGCCAUGUUCGGCCACCUCAUUAACGUGGAUUACUUCACGGACCUCGUCAAUAACCUGGAACGCAUCCUGAAGACGCAGGACCUGGGGGUGGCCGAACGCGUCCACUGCAUCCACAGCGUCUUCAAACUCCACACCGGCCUGGGCUCUGCUCUCCACAGCGAUCCUUUCAACUUCUGUGAUAAACUCUACGAGCUGCUAAUGCUGCUGCCUUCCCCUGAGGUGGGAGACGAGGCGCUGGUGCCGACGCUGCGGACGCUGGCGCUGAUCUUCGUGGGGUGCAAGCGGCGCGUGACGGGCAAGACCGCCAUGGGCUUCGUGAAGCGCCUGGCCACCUUAGCCCUCACCCUGCCCCACAGCGGCAACAUCCCCCUACUGAUGACCCUGCGCAGCAUCAUGCUGAAUCACCGAGCGACGGAGUGCCUGUUGGACACGCAGCAGGAGGGCGGCUGGGGUGUGUACUGCCCCCUGUUGGACCACCCCAUCCACUGCAACGCUGCUAUGGCCACCCUCUGGGACAUGCACCUGCUUGCUCGGAGUUACCACCCAAUGACGCGGCAGAUCUCAACCCACCUUUACCGCGGUGCCCCUCUGCUGGGUAAUGGCUCCCUGCCCUCUUCCUUUACUAAACUGACCAUGGAGGAGGUUGCCAACUUGUAUGACUGUCGCGAGAUGCAGCUACAGCCGCAGAUGAUGAACCCAGACCAGCAUUGCGGAGCCUUCGGCAGCAAGUGGAACAAAGAGAAGAAGAAGCAGAUCCUUUCCCACAGACUGACAGGAGCGCUCCUGCAAACGUGCGCGUCCGAGCAGCGCGCCCUGGACGCCAUCAUCAAAGGCGCCCCUGGAGACGGUGUCCAUGAGAAGAACGAUGAAGGACAAGACGAAGAGGCUGACGAUGGAGAGUCGAUGGUUGCCGACAACGACGUGGAAAUGCUGGACGAUGCGGUGGAAGAGUUAGACUUUUAUCCCCUCAAGACAGGGGCGCUGUACGACGUACACCAGCCUGACGCGUCCCAAGGCGAGAACGAAGAGACUCAGGACUACUCGCGGUUAUUUACUUAUGAGAACCUCGAAGAGUUCGAGCAGGAAAUGCAAGAAGCGUUACAAUAAAUGCUUACGUGACAUUC